AUGGUUUUUAAGCCGUUCACACAUCUCGCGCGACAGAACUUUGCCAAAGCCUUCACCCAUGGCUACGCUCAGUCGGUAGUUGCUGCAUCCCAGUCCACAUAUACCUCGUCGACGCUUAAUCCGCUUACCACCACAACCGGUUCCCUAAAAUUCCAUCGCACUUCGCAACUGCAAAGCACUUUCCAGAAUGCCUCGAGCUCAUCGGGUGCUGGCGCCAAGGCCGGUCAAUCGACUUCCACUUCAGGCGACUCUGGCUUAGCCGCGUAUUAUGCUGCUUGGCAACAUGCCCAGCAGACAGGCGAUGACAGUGAUUGGAGACAAUUCCAAUUCAAGAAGCGGAUAGGGUGGAAGCCAAAAGAUGAAAUCACGGAUAAGAGUGAAAAUUACUCCCAGGAGAACUCGUCCGGGGAUGGCGUUCGGGACCUGAAAAAGGCCGCCGUCAAUGUCGAUGUGAGCGCCAAGGUGGAGGAAGCUGUUGCUCGCGAAAUCCAAAUCCAGGAGGAGAAUGCCGACGCCGAGGAUGAUGCUGCAACAAUUGUUGCUCCUAAUGGCACCUCCGCUGAAUCAGAAAUCUCUCUAGAGCAGUCAACUGAUGCAAAUGCGGAGAAAUCUUACAUUGCAUCCAACAAGGUUGCUGACUUGGCGGUAGCAGAGAAGUACGCAGAAAUCCCUGCUUCAUUCGAAGCACUUCUGCGUGAGGGCCUUACCCCCACCGUCGAGGCAUAUAACUCUUUACUUCUCGCUGCCAUCAAGCUACACACGGAUUCUUACCAUGCCGUUCCAAAGGCAUUGGAUGUCUACUCAGACAUGCUACGCCGUCGGGUGAUGCCAAAUCAAGAGACAUACAAAACACUCGUUGCAGUAUUGGUGUCACGUGCUGUUGAGAUUUCCAUAUCAGGAGCCACGCUUGAGCAGCAACGCAUUCGUUUCGGUGGUUUGGAGGAACCUGGCAAGUUCUUGUUCCGCUCCAGCGAACUAGAGAGAGAAAUUGUUGCAGAAGACCAUUCACUGAGCAUUGCGCUUAAGUUAUUUGAUGCAGCAACCAACCGGCACAGCGAAAUGGUCUUCCCAAUGGAAGUAUACAAAUCCUUCAUUAUUACUUGCGCUGAGGCUGGCCGCGUCGAAGACAUGAUCCGGAUUUAUGCUCACAUGGAAACACAAAAACUUGUUCCCCAUGCCGCUAUCUUCCCCUCGAUGAUUGCGGCAUUUUCCAAGAUAGGCGAUCUGAAAAGUGCUGUUGAGUGCUAUAACGAAUACCGCGAACUCGCAAUGGCAGAUGAUAAUGGCGUAUUCAGCAUUGUCGAACGUCGGGAUGGUGAAGUCUAUGCUGCUUUAGUUGGCGCCUAUAUCACCUGUGGCAAGCGCGAUGGUGGUCUACGCUUCUUUGACCGUAUUCGCUCGUCCUACGAUGAUGUUAAGGAGGACCGGGUGUCUCGUUUGGAAGCCGUUGAAUCGAUCAUCGUCCGUGACGCUCUAGUUCAAUCCUCAAUUAACGCUGGAGACUUCGAUGAAGCACUUGCACACGCCACCGCUAAGCUUCGGGACUCUGCUUUGCAGCAGGCCAUGGCAAAAAUUUGUGUGGCUGCUGCUGAUGCCGGAAGCACCGCGGUCGCCAUCCAGUCGUAUGAUCGACUUGUCGCAGAAUCAGCAGAUGCCAUUGGCUCAGCAGUACCCAUGCUCGCGUUGCAUGUUCGACAAGGUAACGUGCUGGCUGCUCGGACAUUCUGGGGCGUCUUGAGUAAUCUCGAUCAAACAACCUCGGACUUGAUUCAACCGACCACCAUGUACGCCGUUGCACUCCUCAAGAGCGGCCACGUCGAAGAGGGAUUGAUGGAAGCACGCAAAAUGUUCAACCGAAUUCGCAAAGAUACUACUGCUCAACAGUUACUUCAACUACCUAUCCGCGAAGAGAUUGAUGAAGCCAUCGAGCUUCUCGGCCGUGUCCUCUUGAUGGAGUCAGGCAUGGUGAUCUCCUCUCCUGCUGCCAUGACUCUGGUCCGAUCCAUGGUUGAGAACGGCGGAUUGGUCUCCCCAAUUGCCGAACAUGCUAUCUCUAGCUUGGGUCCAAUGGGCAUCUCGGCACUCAGUGUAGAUGAUUUGACUCUUGCUCUUCAAGUCCAAGCAGGCAUGAUCAUCAACAACCAGGUUGCCUUCAAUGCCCCUCACCUUGUCCGCUUUGCCCACAUGGUCGACGUGGCUCUCUCUACCGGUACUCCCCUGGACGUUUUCACCUCACGCCUGGUCGACCAGGCAAUCCUGUCAAUUUCCGAUAGUCGCCCUGAUCUGGUUCAGAGAUGGCAGGAUCAGUUUGUUUCGGUUUCCAGGCAGCAGUCGCUUUCGUCUAGUCGUUAUACUCCCGUCUCGGAGACUUCCUCGCAGAUCAACUCCUCGACAACGAGCUCCGAAGACAACUACGAUCCUUAUGCUUACACGACAGACUACAGAGGAUCGACGAUCAUCUCUGACGAAUUGGAAGCUUCAACUAGACGCGUUGACGUUCAUCUCAACGAAGCUAUGACAAAACUACGCAACAUCCGUCGUCUCGGUCGCCAUCCACGCUACAUCACGUAUGCCAAGCUCAUCAACUCUGCGGCCAAGUGCGGUCGCAUGAAUCUUGCAAACGAUAUUCUAGCGAUGGCACGACAGGAUGUUCCCCUGCUCCCUCAAUACAGCGCUGUCAGAUAUGGUUGGACCUCGAUUCUCGAUGCAAUGGUUGCCGCUUGCUUAACAGUAGGCGAACGUGACCUAGCCUCAAAGUAUCACCAGGAGCUGGCACAGAUUGGUGCUGCUCCUACUGCAAACACUUUUGGACUGUACAUCACCACGUUGAAAGAGUCGACCAAGACAUUUGACGAGGCAACUGAAGCCGUGAAAAUCUUCCAUCGGGCCAUCUCCGAAGGCGUCGAGCCGACUUCGUUCUUGUACAACGCUUUGAUUGGCAAGCUUGGUAAAGCACGUCGUAUUGAUGACUGUCUUCUUUACUUUGCCGAGAUGCGUGCGAACGGCGUCCGUCCCACCAGUGUCACCUAUGGUACCAUUGUCAACGCUCUAUGUAGAGUCAGUGACGAACGUUUCGCCGAGGAAAUGUUUGAUGAAAUGGAAUCCAUGCCGAACUACAAACCUCGUCCAGCCCCUUACAAUUCCAUGAUUCAAUACUUUUUGAAUACCAAACGCGACCGUAGCAAGAUCCUCGCCUAUUACGAGCGGAUGCGCUCGCGGAACAUUGAGCCUACCAUGCAUACGUACAAACUCCUUAUUGAUGCUCAUGCUUCAUUGGAACCCGUCAACAUGGAAUCAGCCGAGAAAGUACUUGAGUCCAUGAAGGCAUCUGGGCAGCGACCAGAAGCCGUGCACUAUGCUUCUCUGAUUCAUGCCAAGGGUUGUGUGCUUCGUGAUUUGGAUGGUGCGCGCGCUAUCUUCGACAGCGUCAUUUCCAGUAAAGAUGUGCGUGUUCAACCAUGUCUGUACCAAGCUCUCUUUGAGGCCAUGGUCGCCAAUGGCAAGGUCUCAUCUACCAGCGACAUAGUCAGCAGCAUGGGCAGUCAUGGUGUAGAAAUGACUCCAUAUAUUGCCAACACUCUCAUCCAGGGAUGGGCAGCCGAAGGUAACAUCCAUCAGGCUCGGGAAAUCUACGACAGCAUUGGCAUCGAAAAACGCGAACCUAGCACCUAUGAGGCAAUGACGCGCGCUUUCAUUGCAGCAGACGAGCGCUCCCGCGCAACAAGUGUUGUCCAAGAAAUGCUUUCCCGCGGUUACCCAUCAGCUGUGGCCGGCAAGAUUGUCGACAUGGUUGGCGGCAGUGUCACCGCUGCUGCUAGCAUUUAG